CUUUGAAAAGAUGGAGCCCAGCAGCGCCCCCUACCGCCGGGAGGAAAACAAGAACGACUUCCUCACGCUCACCUUCACUGGCGGAGAGGUCCCGAAGUUUCCGUUGUACUGCAUCCUCGUGCCAUCAGACAGGUCAAAGAAGCGCGUCCUAGUACCACCUCAGGGGUCGGCUCCCUCCUGGUUCACGCAAUGCCGCGUGCCUUUCCCGAAGACGUCGGGAGACUUCGUGGUGUACCCUUCGCUCGACGGGCAGCACCCCCUGGUGACGGGUUUCAACCUCUCGCUGUACGCGACCAGGCCACAGAUCAAGACGUCGUACAUCACGGCAGACGGCAGCAGCGCCGUGGUGUUGUUCGACCGCGCCGUCAACGUGUGUCUAGCAUCGGGCUGUGAGAGGAUACUCUCUGGUGACACGCUGAGCGUGCUGGGACCUCUGAACGUGCACUGCCGAUGGGCGACCAAGCAGCAACUAGUCGUCCACCUCGCCAAGCCCGCCUCGGGAGACAAAGUUAAGCUGGUCCUCAACUCCGAUAACGUGGUCGAAGACAAGCAGGCUGUCAUCUGGAACGUCGGUGACGAGCUGAAAACGGACGCCAAGCGGUUGCCGGCGUCGGAGAGUCCCGCUCUGUCGGCAGUGCUUACAGGGCCAAGCGUGGCUCCGCGAUGCGGUGCGCUGACUCUCAACGUGCAGUACACGUGGCCUCUGGGACCCUUGGAGGCGUUCGCGUGGUCGGCCGUGCGAAACGACAGUGCGACUCUCGAAGACUACCUCAAGGCCAAACUCAAGGGUGCAAACACGCCGUUCCUCGAGCUGGACGCCGAGGAGCUUGAGGUCGACAUGGAGUACAGGUUCACGGUCAAGGUGACGGCUGACAGCAAGAACGUGGCCGAGCUGUCGCACGCCCUCAUCCGCAGGGACGUGAACGCUCCGGUCGUGGUCAUCUACACCGACGCCAUGAUGAACGGACAGCAGGUGUCGCCCGAAAACGAAAUCUACCUCUACGCCGAGAUCACGAUGCCGGAUUGCAACAGGACUAUCGAGGACCUGGAGUACGCGUGGGUCGUCGACACUCCUCUGGUUCGCUUCAACUUCGGCAACCGAAACUCUCCUGUGUACAGGGUCAGGCCUUUCGACCUGCCAGCGGACACGAACGCAACUUUCACGGUACGCGUAUUCAACUACUACAACUCCGAGGAGUACGGCGAGGCGUCGGUCACCCUCGUAGUCGGAUCGCCUCCACUGACGGCUGUCAUCAAAGGUGGUCCUCUUCGAGUGGCUGGUGUGAGCCAGAAUGACGUCAUUCUCGACGGCUCGCCGUCUAGUCCAAGUGUGAAGCCGCUCGUCUACCAAUGGAGCUGUCUAGACGAGGACCUGCAACCGUGCUACGACUACGGACCUGCAGCGGCCGGCGACUUGCUUCUCGAACCCCUGGAGACGAACCGAGACGUUCUCCGUGUGAUGGCCGAGAGACUGGAGCCCGGAAAGAGGCUCAACUUCACUCUCGAGGUCUUCCGCGGCGACAACAGCAGCAGCGAAGGCGUGGCCGCCUCCACGCUGGUCGUCACACGUGACGAACCCAUACCUCUGGUAUCCCUCGACGAGAUACUGGUGGGCAACAAGCCGGUGUACGAGUACGAUGCCACGACGGACACUUAUUGGGUCAACGCGGGUCCGACGGUGGUUGUCCACGCGAUAUUCUUCGUCCACUCAAAGGCUAUAUCGAUCAACUGGAACGUUCCAGGCUUUCCCUGCCAGUACAGCACGGCCGGUGUCAAGAAAGGCCUGGAGGGUCACACUUACCUGACGCUGCCAGAAGGAAGCCUGGUUCCCCACGGCUCCUACACGGCCCAUCUGGAAGUGUGCGAGAAGAGCCACUGCGGUGGCAUCAACGUGUCGCUGAACGCCAAGCCCGGACCGUCGCUGUGCCGACUUCAGUUUGAGGCCGAGGAGCCGGUGGAACAGCUCAACCUCACGACAGCCGUGGUUCGUUCGUGCGUGGCGCCACCUGGAUCGCAGCCGAUGACCUACCAGCUUUGGGCGAACGACGGGGAGGCGGUCACGGUACCGCUGACCACCGUGCAACGCUCACCGUUCCUCCAGUUCAUCGUGCCGUCCGCAAACUUUAGUUCCGUCUGCGUCCAGGUGUGCGACGUGUCGCAGCAAUGCGGCAUCUUCUGCAACGACUCUCUAGAAACCCUGCCUGCGGCGAACCAGAGCGAAAGCCUCACAAUGGCCUUCAAGAGGUCCGCGAUGCAGUACCGUCAAGGCAACAAGCUAUCGAGUGUGGUGACCCUGGUGUCGGCGCUCUCCGAGGACGACACGGAGGCACCCGGCCAGGUGCUGGACCAACUACUGGGGGCCACUUUCCAGAGCACCAGCGCCCAGAGGCUGGAACCGGGCGACGUGAGGGCCCUGUACCAGGCGUGCCGCGUCAUGAUGGCGCGCGGUAACGUCGACUUGGUCUCCGGCGCCCUCGAAGCCACCUCGGUCAUCUCCGAGAUGGCCCUCAAGAAAAAGGCACGUGUGUCAGUGCGUGCGGCUCGCAUUCCAGUCGGUUUCGACACUCUCGAGGCCGUCUACAUGUGGACGCGAAACGUGAGCGCCCGUUACCCGGACAACGACCAAGUCCGCAGGAACGUCGAGAAUGCCCAAAGGAGAAUAGAGGAGGUGACGGCUUCCAGACUGCCCAAGGGCCAGCAGGUCCGCUUCGUGGCUGACCAGGUGACGCAUAUCCACCACCGUUUCCUCAGCCGGGACCAGGUGACCAUCCCUAGCCUCAACAAACCUGGAACCACCGACGUCGCCAUCACCUUCGACAAGGCCCUGUGGGAGAGGUUCCAGAUCUGGAAGUGUGGUUCCCGGAUGUGCCAAGGUGUGGUGCUCGUCGUCACGGUGCAACCGACCAAUCCUUUCGUCGGCAGCGAUGUGGGUACCCGGAUGACGCCCGUCGUUUCGGUCACCUUCCGAACACCCGACACAGGCGAGGCGGUGCGUGGCGUGUCGCUGCGCGACUCGCUGGGUCUUCAGAUGCGCCAGACGGGCAACGAGUCCCGCGUGCACGGCAUGGUGCUGCGCUGCUUCCGCUGGCACGAGCGGGACGAGGAGUGGACCCAGCGAGACAUGACGGCCCUAGGAACCAAGCAGAGGCAGGUCACGUGCCUCGCCUCCUCAACCGGAUCCUUCACCGUCUUCGAGGUCGAGGACGGGCUCAGCACGGCAGCCAUCGCGGGAAUCGUGGUUGCCUGCCUGAUGAGCGUGUUCAUCAUCGCCGCCGUCAUGAUGUUCAUGAUGCACAAGAAGCAGCACACCGGCUCCGCCAAGGUGGCCGACCAGGGAUCACGCUGAAGCAAUAAAACGCCGAUCUGCCUUUCUUCUCA